GCCGGUUUUGCCGCAGCCUCCCCCCGCACUCCUUGCGGGCGCGGCCAGUGGCGGGUCCCGAGGUCGCAGCUUCCGUCGGCUCGGGUGGCCGAUCUCCCUGCUGCUGCCCUUGAUCUUAGGGUCGUUUGUUGGCACUCGGGCCGCAGCAGUCAUGGUGAACUUACUUCAGAUUGUGCGUGACCACUGGGUUCAUGUCCUUGUCCCUAUGGGAUUUGUCGUUGGAUGUUACCUAGACAGAAAGAAUGAUGAAAAACUAACUGCUUUCCGCAACAAGAGUAUGUUGUAUAGAAGGGAAUUGAGGCCCAAUGAAGAAGUUACCUGGAAAUAAAUAAAGACUGACUGAAUCACAGAAUAUUCACAUUUUAAAAGUUACGGGAGAAAUAAAACCAUGUUAUUAUUUAAUUAA